UCCUGUUCCUCCUCUUUUCCCCUCCUCUUUCCCCUCCUUCCCCUCCUUCUGCACUUUACAGCUUUACUGCUGGGCUUCCUUCUCGGGUCCUGGCGCCGCUUUCAAAAUCCAAACCGUGCAGAAGGAGGAGGAGGAGGCAUGAGAGUCCCACCUUCUGAAGGCAGACACCCUCUCCUCCCUUCGUCGCCAGAACUGCAGGAAGAUGACAUCUCUACCAAGAAGAGCUCGAACAGCACCAAAGCCGAGCACUGCAGAAGAUGAACUACCUUCUUUCCUUAUAUCAUCUUCAGAAUCAGAAGAAAAGGAAGAAGAUGAAUGGCAGCCUCAAAAGAAAGCUGCGAAAAAGGCAAAAGUGCCCAAACCAAAGGUGCCCAAACCAAAGGUGCCCAGGGUGAAAAAAAAUGCCACAACCCAGAAGAAACCAACCGUGGCUAGGAAGAGGACUAAGAAAGUAGCCAUGAAAGAAGAGCCGGAUACUUCUUUGCCUAUUAUGGCUCCUGAGAUGAAAGAAGGAGAGUUGCAGUUACAGCAGCCUAAGGAAGAGAAAGAAAAGAAGCCGAGUCCUCCUUCCAAAAAGCUCCCAGUGAAAAGAAGCAGUGUCCCACCAGGACCUCCUGCCUGCAACUUGGAUGGUGUGGAAGGACCCUCCACAAGUACAGCAGCGGCUAAACAGCAAGUGAAGUUGGAAGCACCAGAAGAAGAUUUUACCUUUGAUGAACCGCCUUUGAAAAAAAUUAAAUCAGCAUCAUGUCCUCAAGGGAAUGCUAUAAAAUUUGCAGCAAGUGCCAAUUUGAAUGACGAGCAUAAAAUGAAUUGGGACAUUGUGAAGGUUUUGUCACAGAGGACUGGCAUAGAAGAGUGGGUGUGUGCGAACAUCAUCCGCCUUUUUAAUGAUGACAAUACUAUCCCCUUCAUUGCCAGAUACCGGAAAGAGCUUAUCAACAAUCUGGAAGCUGAUGCCUUGCGUGAAGUGCAACAAGUGCUGGAAGAACUGCACUCUGUAGCAAAAAAGGUCCAUGGAUCAAUACAGAAGCUUAAGAAAGAAGGGAAACUGUCUGGAAGUCUCUUAACAGCCUUGCUGAACUGCAGAACAUCAGAGGAACUUGAUCAUGUGUAUGCACCGUACAAAACUGGAAGCAAAGGAACUAAAGCACAAAGAGCCAGGCAGCUGGGAUUAGAACCGGCAGCCAAUUUGCUCAUUGAGAACCCAAGAGACCUCAACCUGCUUUCAUGUGUCAAGGCAGGUACUGAAGGACUUUCCACCAUUGAGGAAGUUAAAUCGGGAGUACAGCACAUCUUGGCUGACAUGAUUGCUAAAGAUAGAGAGACAUUGGAUUUUAUCAGAGAUUUGUGCCAAAGACAAUACGUUUGCCUUCAGUCGGCCUUGGCCAAAGGGACCUCCCAAAAAGCCAAUGAAAAAGAUGUCAACAAAUUUCACCUCUACAAGAAUUUUUCUUGCCAUGUAAAGAACAUUCACCAUCACCAGAUUCUAGCCAUUAACCGAGGGGAGAAUCUGAAAAUCCUGACGGUAAAGAUCAACAUUCCUGAUCGGACAAAGAAUGAAUUCUCUAGGUGGUGUGUAAAUGAAAGGUGGAGACCAAAAGCAUUUGCAAAACCCGAGUUAAUGCAACUGCUACGUGAUUCAGUGGAAGACUCUUAUAAACGCCUGAUUUAUCCACUUCUUUGCAGAGAAAUAAGAUCAAAAUUAACUUCGGAUGCCGAGAAAGAAUCUGUAAUGAUGUUUGGAAGGAACCUCCGUCAGCUCCUUCUUACAAGUCCCGUGAGAGGAAGGACCUUAAUGGGAGUUGAUCCUGGCUACAAACAUGGCUGCAAACUGGCCAUCAUUUCACCAACCAGUCAGAUCCUCUACACCGACGUUGUCUAUUUACAUUCAGGUAGAGGAUUCCAUGAAGCUCAGAAAAUACGAAAACUUCUGUUGGACUUCAAUUGUGGCACGGUUGUGAUUGGGAAUGGAACAGCUUGCAGGGAGACAGAAGCUUACUUUGCUGACUUAAUUAUGAAGAAAUUCUUUGCACCAUUGGAUGUCACUUACUGCAUUACCAAUGAGGCGGGUGCAUCUAUAUACAGUGUCAGCCCAGAAGCUUGUAAAGAGAUGCCUGAUUUAGAUCCCAACUUACGAAGUGCAGUUUCCAUAGCUAGACGGGUACAGGACCCAUUAGCUGAGCUAGUGAAAAUUGAGCCCAAACACAUUGGAGUCGGAAUGUACCAGCAUGAUGUAUCUCAGACCCUGCUCAAAGCAACCCUGGACAGCGUGGUGGAGGAAUGUGUCAGUUUUGUAGGAGUUGAUAUUAACAUCUGUUCAGAAAUAUUAUUAAGGCAUAUUGCAGGGCUGAAUGCCAAUAGAGCUAAAAAUAUAAUUGAGUGGCGAGAGAAGAAUGGCCCAUUUAUCAAUCGGGAGCAGCUCAAAGCCGUCAAAGGACUGGGUCCAAAAUCCUAUCAGCAGUGUGCUGGCUUUAUCAGGAUUAAUCAGGAAUAUAUACGAACAUUUUGCAGUCAAACAAGUGAGCUUGCAGCUGGGAAUCCCAAAGAAGCCACAAAUGAGAAACAGGGUAAAAAGAAAAUUAAAGCAGCGGCAAAUGUCACUUGGCAGCCAGAUCCGCUGGAUCAGACUUGCAUCCACCCAGAAUCAUAUAAUACGGCAAUGAGGUUUCUAACUCUCAUUGGAGGUAGCCCCAGUGAGGUAGGAAAGCCAGAAAUGCAGCAAAAAGUGAACGUGAUGAUUGGAAGAGAAGGGAUGGAAGGAAUAUCAAAAAAGCUAAAUACAACAGGGCAAACUCUACAAAUAAUCAUUGAUGGGUUGACUCAACCUGAAGGCUUUGACAUCCGAAAAGAUUUUGACAAACCUGAUUUCAAGAGAAGCAUUGUUUGCCUUGAAGACUUAAGUGUUGGAACAAUACUCACAGGAAGAGUUGAGAAUGCUACUCUCUUUGGAGUUUUUGUUGACAUUGGAGUUGGCAAAGCAGGACUGAUUCCAAUUCAGAGGAUAACAGAAGACAAGCUUUCAAAAGCAAAGAAAAGAAGAAGUCUCGCCCUGGGUCCAGGAGAAAAAGUAGAAGUCAGAGUAUGUGACAUUAACAUCCCUCAAUCCAGGAUAUCAUUAGACCUCAUACGUGUUUUAUGAGCAUUUUGUUGGUACCUUUUCUCUCAAGGGCUAUAAUUCCACCAUGAUAAGCAGAAUGCAGUAAGGAAAGGAAGACCUGUCCAGGUGGAUGGCAAGCCCAACGUUUGUGGGAGUGUGUUAGGUUCCCUAAAACCUCAGGAUCAAACCAAACAUCAUACAAAAUCAAUAACUCUAGAAAUUCAGUAUUGGCAUUCUAUUUUAAACUUUAUUGUAUUCACCAGAAUGAUUUGAUUUCUAAAUAUUUUUCCAUAUCUGUGUGCUGAUGUAGUUUCUGUUCCAUCCUUGUAUUUUUGCAUUCUGAUUUUAUUGGCCAGCAUAUCCAUUUAGGUUGUUGUACGUUUUUCGGACUAUAUGGCCAUGUUCUAGAAGCAUUCUCUCCUGACUUCAUAACCUCUGAGGAUGCUUACCAUAGGUGCAGGCGAAACGUCAGGAGAGAAUGCUUCUAGAACAUGGCCAUAUAGCCUGAAAAACCUACAACAACCCAUUGAUUCUAGCCAUGAAAGCAUUCGACAAUACAUAUCCACUUUAGAACCAUAAAAAGGGGGACAGUACCAUCAGAAGGUGUUUCUGUCAAAAGAAGAAGUCCUACGAGCUUGCCAGCUACAGGAGCCAGCUGAGCAACGUUUUUUGCAGGUAGAACCAGCUUUUUUUCCCAUUGCUCUUCCACCACUUCUUUUUUUAUCAAUAAUUUUUUAUUUGAGAAAAAUUACAGUUAUAUAGACGUAUACUAUACAUUUUCCCCUCUUUUAUUUACAUUUACUCCUGUGCACCCUUUCUCCAAAGCCAUUUCUUCUUCUAAAGUCCCACCAAAAGUUCAAUUCUUCAUUUGGAGAUAAAUUCCUGUCUUCUUUUUUUCCAAUACCUUUUCUAAAAAAAAUUUGGGUAGAAUGAUACUUAUUUGCUUACCGGUUUCUUUGUGGACAAAUCUUCAGCUCUGCUCCAAAAGGAUUGGUUCUAUGGUUCUGUUUAAGAAGUGUUAGCUAAUUUUAGUUUACUUGUUUUGCUUUUAAAAAGGAAACUGAGUGUAAGAAUGGCGUAGAACAGAAAAACACGAAGAAUGAUACUGUUCUAAAUUAAAAUAUGAAUUAUUCCGAAUACAUUUGAAUACAUAUUUUGAGCAAGAAAUGUAGUUAAUUUUUUCUGGUUACUCUCUUGUUGCAGAACAGUUGCUCUCAUAAAGUAAAGAAACGUUGUGUAAUGGUUUUUAAAAUAACAUCUAUUAAUAAUAAUAAAAAAGGAAAAACCAAUUUUUUUUGUUU